UUUUGUCAGUCGUUGCUUUGCUUGUCGUGGGUGUCUAUCUUCGACUUUUUUCACGAUUUGGACUGUUUAAAAAUAAAAUUGUAACAAAAGGUUUAGUGCAGUGAAAAUAAACAUUUUUAAAAGUGUACAGUUCAAAACUAACUUUUGGCCUACGGGUUCCAAAAACAAAGCCAGAUCUACAUGUACAUCUACUUCCUACAUGAAUGAAGAGUUUCGAGGGGAAAACACAUGAGAGUUAGUGCAACUUAUGAUGAAGGUCUGAAAUGUGGAUGAAGAAUUGCCCACGCUUCUUAAAUGUGAAAAAGCGGUAGCUGACUGUAGAUCCAAGGAGAACAAUCUAAGUCCUUCAAUAUGAGACUGAUAGAAGUAUUAUUUUUAUUAUUAACGAUCUCGUUCUUUCCUUCAAACGGGCUCGAAGGUCCAAAUGUAUGCUCCAAGCAGGAGCCUUACAACAUAACUGUCAAAGUGACCGAGAGGAAGCCCGUUCAACAAAAAGAGUACACUUUUUGCCUUAAGCUUCCACCGAGAUGCUCUAAAUACACAAUUCGUUUCGAUACCAUCGUCAGAGAUGAGGUCAUCACCAAGACGAGGCUUGUGGACGAAUGCUGUGCCGGCUACGCAGAGACUUCUGACAAGAGGUGUAAACCGAUUUGCACGGAAGAGUGUCUCCACGGCAUCUGCAUUGCACCGGAUGACUGCAAGUGUGAAUCCGGCUAUGGUGGACCCCAAUGUUCAAUCAAUUGCCCUCAUGGACGAUGGGGACCAGACUGUCAGAAGAAAUGCCUCUGUCAGAACAAUUCCACAUGUGAUCCCUUCUCUGGGAAAUGUGAGUGCAAAAGGGGCUGGUUAGGAGAACACUGCGACGAGCCCUGUCCCCAAGGACGUUAUGGAAUGGACUGCGCUGAGGUGUGCAAGUGUCAAAAUGAAGGGAAGUGCAAUCACAUAUCUGGUGAAUGCAGGUGUCAGCCAGGAUUCACAGGAGGAUUUUGUGAAAAGCUUUGCCCAGAAGGGAAACAUGGAAUGGAAUGCAAAAGUGAAUGCAAGUGUCAAAAUGGGGGCUCGUGUGAUCCAGCGACAGGAGAGUGUACAUGUCCACCAGGAUGGACUGGACCUGUUUGUGGAAAUCGUUGUCCUCCAAAACUUUGGGGGAAAAGUUGUGCGGAAGAAUGUGACUGCUUUAAUGAUGCUUCUUGUGACCAUCUAUCAGGCAGGUGCAUUUGUCCACCAGGUUUUAAAGGCGAAAAGUGUUUAGAAAGAUGCCCACCAAAUACUUUUGGAGUAAAUUGUACAGGAACUUGUAACUGUGAAAAUGAAGGUAAAUGCUCAUCAGUCACAGGAGAAUGUGAAUGUCAGCCCGGUUGGAAAGGAAAAGACUGCUCUGAAAGGGCUUGUCCUUAUGACAGAUACGGAGAGAACUGUACUGAAACUUGCGACUGCGAGGAUGAUAACACAGAAAUGUGCCAUCCUUGGACUGGGCGAUGUUCCUGCAAAGAGGGGUGGGAUGGUAUAUCUUGCUCUCGGCCCUGCCCUAUCUACACUUUCGGAAAAGGAUGUCGAAAUGUUUGUGUAUGUUUCAAUAACGCUCAAUGCCUCCCUAACAAUGGCACAUGCAUUUGUGGACCAGGUUUCUUGGGGGCGAAUUGUAGUGAGCGAUGCCCCAAUGGCUACUUUGGAGAAGACUGUGCACAAAAAUGCCUUUGCAAAAACGGAGCGAAAUGUGAUCCAGAAAAUGGAAUUUGCCAUUGCGCACCAGGUUGGAAAGGUCAACAAUGUGACCGACCAUGUGAAGAACAUUAUUAUGGUCAGAAUUGCACAAGCACUUGUCAGUGCAAAAACGAUGGCUCAUGUGACCCUCGAAAUGGCAAUUGCCUUUGUGGGCCUGGGUUCACCGGUGAGCAAUGUGACCAAGUCUGCCCGGAAUGGUUCUUUGGCAGAAACUGUAUCAACUCAUGCGACUGUGAUAAAGACAACACCGCUAAAUGCGAUCCUGUCAGUGGAACUUGCAUCUGCAAACACGGAUGGAAAGGUGUCCUGUGCGACACAAAAUGCAAUGAAGGCUUCUACGGAGAGAAUUGCGACAAAAAAUGCAGCUGCCUCAACAACGGUUCUUGCGAGCAGUUGUCAGGGAAAUGUGGAUGCGAGUCAGGUUGGUCGGGUGAACUCUGUGAACUACCUUGUACGGCAGGAUCGUAUGGUGCAGGGUGCAAGCAACGUUGCCCAACAGUGGGACAUCGAAGGACUAGGCAUACUAAUGUAACUACACAAAUUGCAAAACAAGUGGCUCAAAUGCUUUCAGAAAACCGGACAUGUGAUCAUGUAACAGGCGAGUUCACAUGUAGGCCCGGCUACACAGGUUCGAUGUGCCAGCAUCCCUGUCCGAUCGGGAAAUACGGCAAAGGCUGCCUUAAGACUUGCAAUUGCAAAAACAGGGCCGACUGCCAUCAUGUAACCGGUAUCUGCGAGUGCCUACCAGGAUGGAUAGGGCCCUCUUGCAACCAGCAUUGCCCUGAAGGAAUGUUUGGUAUCAACUGUACAAGACAUUGCAAAUGUCAGAACGGUGGCAAGUGUCGAAUCAAUGAUGGAGUUUGUAAAUGUAAGGCAGGAUGGAUGGGGCCUCAGUGUACUGAAAUUUGCCCAGAAGGAUCUUAUGGUGAACACUGCAUGCAGCCUUGUUUGUGCAAGUCACUCUCAUUCGUUUGCCACGCAGCAGACGGUUGUGUGUGUAAACGAGGUUUUGGAGGUGAAGAUUGUGACAUUGUUUUAUCUGAAAGGAGUGUCUUAGAAGUGAGCGAAUCUAGCCCCGGAAGUGUAGUCGGAGGGACAUUUGUCGCAAUUAUACUCGUCAUAUCUAUUGUCUUUAUUAUAAUAUAUUAUCGAAGAAGAGUGAGCAACUUAAAAACUGAAAUAGCCAAUGUUCAGUACAUUGCAGACCCCGAAGGAGGUGGACAUCAUUUUGACAAUCCGGUAUAUUCAAUCGGACCCACUCAGAAAGAUGAUGCAGCAAGUCCACUAAACAAUAAAAUGAUUAAAAAUAACUUGAAGAGUUCAAAUCUCGAGAAAGAAAGAUUUGGGCUUUCUGUUGAUGACGAUGAUGAUGAAUUUUCUUGCAGAGGUACAACAAGUACAUUAUCGAUGAAAAACCGGGAUGCCGAUUUAGGAAAUCCCAAUAUGUACAACAGCUUAGAAGACUUGAAAAAUGAACACUUUUAUGAAGAACUUAAAGGUUCUAAAGUACCUCCAGAAGAGGUAUACGACCACCUGGACUACAGUCGACCUGGCAGUUCUUUGAAACCGCAUUAUCAACGAAUGCCCAACGGUUUAAAGAAAGCUGACUCAGAUACGUCAUCACAAUAAAUGACAUUCUACAUUUUGUAGCAACAAACAUAUGUACAUUUGAUAGCUGUAUAUAAUUUACAGUUUUGCUUCCCAACAUUUUAGAUCAUGUUUUUUGGAAAUAGUUUUUGUACAUUUAAAUGUGAUAACUUUUAUUUAAAUUUUAUUUUGAAAUAGUAAUUUUAAAUUUUAAAUUUUGUUUUAUCCAUUAAAAUGUGUGUAUAGUGUAAAAUAUUUAUUGUUAAAUUGCAAAAUCCUGGUAGACAAUUAAACCCUCAUUGCAUAUACAGUUUAUUUUAAAAACUUGUGAUAAUCAUUUUUAAAGAUAUAUUUUUAUUUGUACAUACCAGGAAGAGUUGCAUGAAGAUUCCAUGUAUUUUAUACGUAUGUUUGAAAAUAAAACAUUAAAUUUUUA